AUUGAGGUGUGUCCACAUACAGUAAGAGAAAAUAACCCCCAACCACAUUGUUUUAGUCCUACUUAAUAAAAUGAUUUCGGUCGAACUAACAUGCUUACACACAAUUUUUUAGUUCAGUUUAAGUUGGACUAAUGCAAUAAAUCAACUACUACUGACAGUAGUUCACAAAGAGCUAUCCAAAGAGACCUCGGAUUUAGUGUAAUGGUCAUAAUCAUAAAUAAAUAUAGACAGCUAUAGACAGUUUUAAAACUAUCGUCAUGAUGCUACACUACUUACAACAGUAAAAUAAUGGAUUCCAGUAAUGGGGAGACAUUUUAAUGACCUUCUAAUUUCGGUAGGGUAAAAACUAAAUUGUAGUUUAAACAUUACUCCCAAUCUUUUUGUCUUGUACAAAAUCCAUAUUUUAUCACAUAAUGGAAUUCCACCAGUUAUGCAGCCAACAGUGCUGCAUCCUCAUUGGUUGUUUAUGUAGUUCAUUUCUGUCCCUGUGUGUUUAAUAUAGCCACAUAUUGUAAUGGAAACCUAGAUGCAAUAUUUUGAAGCAACAGGGAGGAAUGUUGUCUCGGUGGUUUGGUCAGUUUAUUAGAUCCAGGCUUGGAUUAUUUAAUAAAUCAGAGAUUUGUGGCAUUAUAAAGGAAACAAAGUGAGUGAUUCAACCCUCCUCCCUUUGAAACCAUGUUUUAAAAAUACUGCCUAGCACCCAUUGUCUCAAUGUAGCCAUUCUGUACCCAAACAAUUUCAAUUGUGUUAGAAUAUUUUCCUCCCAGCGGUGCCUGAACAAAGUUCACCCUGGGUAAACGGCACCAGUUGACUGUCUGUAAACUGCACAAACAAAAUAAGUCAUUUUCACUUCAGGGGGAAAUGUUUUCAAGAGAAAUCCCAUUCCUGUCAUAUACAUGUGUUUUGUCGGAUUCUUUGGAUGGCAGUUUUACCCAGUUUGCCUGACAAGGUAGACAAUUGUUGUUUGUAUUUUUUAACCUAUAUGUCACAGCAGUGGUUUAAAAACAAAAAAAAACACAUGGCAUUGUUCAGGAAUAGAAAAGAAGGUAGGGACAGUUCUGUUUCCCACCCAUAUACUUUGGAGCACCAAUGGCUGAGUUCCAAAUGAAUGCAAUUUUAAGGUACUUGAUAGUUAGAGGUUGAUAAAGAGAGCUAUUUUACCUGUGCAAUUGCCCCUCAAGGUAUAUCCUCUGACUAAAGAAUGUAUUCUUUUACUUAACACACAACAAUCAAGCCUGGCCAAUUUCAUGGUCUACAUUGGGGAAACCACAUUUUUGCAUUCCCAAUCUUGUCUUGGAACAAAGGUAAAACAAUAUUCUGAUGUGUUGAAACGCAUGUUUAACCAAAGAAUAGCCGUAAUGUUAAUGUGUUUAAUGGCAUGUAGCCAGCAACGUGUAAUCUAAAGGGCAUUAGUGGACACCCUCCAUCAGUUCCUCCCCUCACAGCCCCUGUCCACCUUCAUCAUCCUGUCUACUGCUGGAGUUAGACUGACACAGAGUGAAGGAGAGAGUGUAUGUUUUUGUUUCUGGGGCAGAAAGGCGUUCUCCUGCCUCAGGAUGUUGCCUUUAAAGCUGAAGAAGUGGGUUUCCUGUGGAGGAAACGAUCACAGAAAAGACAAGGCUUAGUCGAGACACGGUGUUCCCGACAUUUCUUUUAGUACAGGUCACCCAGCUGCAGAGCGGGCAGCUGUCAUUCUCGUUGUCCUGAGAGGUGUUUGUUUCCCCUGAUGGAUCCUGGAUAAACUUUACUGCUGCAGAAAUCAGUAUUACACAAUGGACCAAUGACUGAUUGGAUUUGUCAAACUGAUUACUAAAAUUUCUUGUAUUUUUCUUUUGCUUUGUGUAAAAGAAUGGGUAUUCAUGCAUCUACUCAUCAUCCUGCAGAUAUCUCUGCGUAAAGUCAGCUCUACUUUUUCAUGAAAGGUGUUUGGAAAAAUAGAGACAUGUCCAAUGACAGCUGCAACCUCCCUUUGGACACAGACACUAUUGGGCUGACCUGUAUCUACAGCCUGAUCUUCUCGUUGGGUCUCCCAAGCAACUUAUUGUCACUCUGGGGACUGUACCACCUGGGCCGCUCAAGCGGGGGAGGCUGCCAGCUGGUCUACAUCCUCAAUCUGCUUCUGUCAGACCUCCUCCAGCUGCUCACACUGCCACUGUGGAUCAUUUAUCUCCAAAGUGCUCACCGCUGGCCCUACGGCCGGCUGACCUGUGAGCUGGUGGGCUAUGUGUUUUAUGUGAACAUCUAUGCCAGCGUCAUGUUCCUGUGCCUGAUCGCACUGGACAGGUGCCUUGCUAUCGUGUACCCGUUGAGCAGCCGCCGGGUGCGGACUGUCAGGGUGGCAGCGGUGAGUGGGGUGGCAGUUUGGACCCUCACCUUCCUGUUCUCCCUGAGUGGGUUGCUGCCCACAGUGUUUGACCCAGAUAGACUGCUGUGUCUGGAGCACUACCCUGUCAGCCCCUCAUACGCCCGCUUCAAGAUCACCACCGUGGCCCUUGGGUUUCUGCUGCCAUGCACCAUACUUGGGUACACCUCAGCCCACAUCGGGGUGACACUACGACGAUCUCCCUCCCUCUCUGACCACGAACGACAUAAAAUUGUUGGCAUCCUAGUCUUGAUAACUGUCAAUUUCAUGGUUGUGUUUGGACCGUAUCACCUCGUGUGCGGAUACAGAUUUGUGUCCUUGCUGUUGACUGACGAGCCGUGUGGAUUAGAGCGUUCCAUUUUUCUCAUCCAUCGCAUUUGUUACGGUCUGACCAGCCUCAACACCCUGCUGGAUCCCCUCUUCUACAUCUUUCUGUGCUCUGAUGCUCGAACAGAGCUGCAAAAGUCCUUGCCCUGCUUGGGGAGGGGGCAAAACCCACCCAAAAAGAUAACGCUUGAGAACGAGAGCUCACCCAGAAGACCAGAUGGAGAGUCAAACUAACAAGCAAUGUAGCUUGGAUUCCCCACCGACUGGAGAAAUUGUGCCACCCAGUGGAAAAACACUUUUAGUCUCUGUAUAUUAUGAGCUAAUGCUCUUUUUUUGUUG